AUGAAUGAUGCACUUCAAAGCUUCAUGCAAGAGCAAAGAGAGUUUCAUAAGAAGCAAGAAAUGUACAUAAAAACCAUUGCCGAAGCUCUAUCCCGUUUGACUCUUUCUCCUUCAAACACUCAAAAUGCCCAUCAAGCUUCCACCUCUAGCGGCCUACCUUCACAACUCCAACCAAACCCAAAGGAAAGCAUUAAUGCUAUCACCCUUAGGAGUGGUACCAAGUUAGAUGAAAUUGGUCUUGAGCCUACGCAUUUGAGCAAGGAGCCCCACAAUGAAGAAAUGGGAGAAGAAGUGGAGGUGGUGGGAGAUGAGGAGGAAAAUGUUGCAAGAGGCGAGGAGAAACUAGUAAAGGUUAAGGAGCCCAAAAGGAAGAACCUUCUUGAAGAGCCUACACCAAUUCCUUUCCCAACGUUGGCUAAAAAGGCUAAGAAGCAUGAAGACAUUGACCCCAAUAUGGUGGAGAUUUUCAAGAAUAUGGAAGUUACGGUUCCUCUUUUUCAAGCCAUCCAACAAGUUCCAAAGUACACCAUAUUCCUCAAGGAUGUUUGCACCCAUAAGGACAAUAUUGGUGAGCUAAACAAAAGUCUAGUAAAUAACUCUAUUUCUUCUCUCAUUCCAGAAAAGUGCAAUGAUCCCGGUCCUUGUUUGGUAACUUGUGUGAUUGUUGCAAUGGAGUUCAUGGAUUGCAUGUGUGAUUUGGGCGCUUGUGUAAGCAUUAUGCCCCUCCCUAUCUAUGAGAAGUUGAACUUGUCACCAUUGAAGAGGUCCGGAGCAAGAUUUUUGUUGGCGGACAAAAGUAUUGUGUCAAUUGUAGGAAUUGCUGAGAAUGUAUUGGUCAAUAUCCAAGGGUUGCUAUUUCUGGUAGAUUUUCAUAUCUUGGAAACCCCUCCAAUUGAUUCGGACAAGCCAUCCUCUAUUCUCCUUGGGAGACCAUUUUUGAAAAUAUCUCGAUUCAAGUUGGAUGCAUUUUUGAGAGCUUUCUCGUUUGAGGCCAAUGGGAAAGUGGUGAAAUUCACUUUGGAUGGAUCCAAGAAGCCCACUCUUGAAGUUUAUUCUAUCUUUGGUUGUGACCUAAUUGAAGAUCAAGUGGUUGAGCCAAGUAAGGAGCAUGAAGAAGAAAAUGUUGUCAAGGAGCUUAGGUCAUUGGACCACACACAACCCAAGCAUGCCAAGUUGUUGGAGAUUUUCCUCCUUAGAGAGGUUCCAAAUGAUCAAUGA